ACAAAAUGCAAAGAAAAAGGAAUGACAUAACAAACUUGAGUUUCGACUAAAACAAGCGGCAUCUAAAACGGAAAUGGAAAAAUUAAAAAGUAAGAUGAGGAAGUCUAAGAAAAACAAGAAACACGAAAUAGCCAACAAUAGAAUUAAGAUUUUGAGAGAAAAUAUGGAUAACACGUAAGUAAUGACGAUUAGGGAUGAGUAGGUGCAAGAUCAUUCCGGGGUUAAUGAUCACGUAUCUAAACAAAUGUAUAUAAACAAUAUAAUACCUAAUGCAAUUUGUUUAUAUCUUAAAAUACAUUGUAAUAAAUCUUCGUCAUUAUCUUAAUUAAUAUGUAAUAAUUACAGAAUAAUUCGUUCCCGACGCGGGGAAAACGAAGUAAACCGCAAAGGUCGUACUUUAAAUGUCUUCAGUUUGGUGACCCGCAGGUGUUUGCGUGGUAACAAGCACAGCUACCACUUUGCUGUGUACACGACGCCGUACGGACGUGCCAUAACGGACAACCCGUUGGCUCGGCUCGGAUCUUGAGGUGUCGCUUUCUGAUGAUCUAUUUUUACCGAAAGGCGUCCCAAGCCAGUCGGCAAGCAGGCGCUGUAUAGACGACAGUUUGGGCGCUAUUAUAAAGCGCCGUGUGUGCCGGCCGUGUUUGUAAUUCAUUGCAUAUAAGUUGCGGACCCCGCCUGAUUGGGCUCGACCAUCUCGGAUCGGGUCUUCAUGGUGAAGAGAAGGGCACGAGGCGGGUUCUCUCGAUAGUACCAGUCUAUAGAGCCGUGGAGAAGGCAUCGAGAGAGGCCUCCGCCACCACGGAAGUGACACUUCUCUCGCCAACACGGUCGAUGCCGUUCCGGAAGAUAUACCCGUUCACACACGUUACGGCAAACGCCAAGCGCAACGUUCUGAGCAACACCUCGUAUGGGCUCACGUGCUCCAAGGAUGCGGAGUACAAGUGCAGCGUGAAAUACAGCGGAUCCCUACAGGAGAAGAAUUAUCUGCAGCGUAGCGUAUCGGCAGACAAUGUUGUAAUACGUUCGCGCGGUUACAAGCCGUCUGACAGACACGAUCCGGUUAAAAGGAACUUCCUCGAGAAUCUCACUUCAAAAAUAUUGCACUUCGGCAUGGAAGGGGGCGAAAGUACACCGAUUAAUUUGCAAAAGCUACUUACUCCAGCAUCAGACUCUCAAGAGCUAUUACAAUCAAAAAAUAAGAAAAUGUUUGCGUCCUCGUAUUUUUACGCACCGACGCAUCCUACGGUCGAGGAUCAAGUCGAGCUUGCACGUCGAAUUUCGCAUUCGCUCAGCGAUGUGAAAAAUGUGAAAAGCAAAGGACAGUCCAUGUACGUGAAUAGAAAAAAGCGAUCUGUUAAAUGGAUCCACGACGGCAAUGGUGUCGAGGACGAAGAAGAAACCACGACGAUUCACAAGGAAAAACUACCCCUCAAAUGCGUGAUGAAUCCAUGCGGGAAAGUGCUGGACAUUCACGGCAUUCAGGCGUUAGGUGAAGAAGUCAAUAUCGCAUCGGUACCGAAAAAUCCUGAAAAGCUCUUUGAUAUCGUCCGCGAUUUGAACAAUCAAAAAGGACGCGGUGCUGAGAUAUUUGCGAAACGUAGGAAAAGAUCGGAAAAGUGGGUGGUGGACCAAGAACAACCACAGACACCCAAUACGCCUGUCACACCGAAGACGCCAACAUAUCCAGAAAAAUUAGAAAUUAAUGGUAACGCAAAGUUCAUGACGCCUUCGCUGACACCGCGUACGCCAGUUUCGAGCAUUGACAAAUCAUUUUAUAAUCCUUUUACAGUGGAUAUCUCCCUUGACAACGCGAAUAUCCCGAUAACAGGUGCCAAUCAAUUGCACUGUAACGCUAAUCGAUGCGGCCAUUCGAACGAGAUAAAAAAGAUUUACCUGCGGGAAAUUGCGGUGGGCACAGAUUCCGAUUUUCCUUCCGAUCAUUCACGGUCGCCCAUCGUCGAGAAAUCUCGUCGUACCGUUUUCGAAUCUACUAACAAUCGGCGCACUAACAUGGCCAAUAAUUACGCUGUCGCAAGUAACAAUAAUAGAUAUAUUAACAACAAUUAUCAGUCGCCGAGAAAAUCUGACGUUCGUAAUGCGCGGAGCUACAAUGGCAGAGGCACGAGAAUUCAACAGCGUUACGAUAACAAGUACGAUAACGUAAUUGACAACAAGAUCGAGAAUAAGCAACAGAGCGACAGACAGAUGCAGAAUGACAAUGAGGAAAACGGAUACACUCCUGUGCCAGUGAAGCAACUGAUACAAGAAUUCGAGAAAACCUGUAGACCGGUUCUGCAAUACAAGCAGAUCAGUCCAAGGAUCAUUCCAAUCGUACAGCAGUGUCCGUUGGAUAAUGGCAUAGCGCGUUUCUUCGAGACGAAAAAUUCUAUCAAGUAUAACAACGAGGAGGAGAGAUACGCACGCACACGCGGAAACUACGAAGGAUCCGCGAAACUGCAGUCCCAAUGUAACAGCCGAUUGUACGACACACGUGGAAGCUACGAAAGGAAACUACAGUGCAACGAUCAAUUAUGCAGUGCACACGAGAGCUACGAAGGAUCAGCGAAACUACAGUCCCGAUGCAACGGCUACGUUUCCACUGACGAAAGCGAAUAUACGACGGAUGACACUGACUCCGAAGAUUAUCAGAACGAGGCGGGAUCUAUAGAUCGCGGAAAUUCCGCGCCGUCCGCCCUAUUGAACUGUUGCGACAGCAGCGAGUACUCGAUCGCGUUCGAGGACGAGUACUCGGGUACUCGACGUCAUUCGACCACCUCGCAGGAAUUGGAGGCCCUUUAUGCCAACGGCACGAGAUUCGUCAACACCGAGGCCGAGAUGCCUCCCGAGGCGAAGUCGCUGAUGCUCUCGAUGGUCGCCUCGCAGGAGAACAUACUCGAGACUAAGAAACAUCUGCGUAGCACACCGGUUUUGGAUAAUCUUUUAGGCACCACCACGCCAGAAUGCAAACUCGUUGAUGUUAAUCCGGAAUUAGGAAACAAACUGUACGAGAAUAACAAUUAUACUGGACCGAAAUUGGCCAGCCUUCACAAUCUGACAAAUUACAACACAGCGCCGCGUGGAUGGGAUCAAUCAUUCACAGUCUAUCGACCUAUUAAAUUCGAAAAACCGCAAGAGAUCAUGUACUCUGAUUUUUAAGCACACUAUAAUAAAUGGUUAUAAUUAUAAUCUUUUUACGUA